CUUUUUUUUUUUCGUUUUCUCACUGUGCUUACCUCUAAGCAUCCGUCCUCCUCACGAUCCUUCAUACUACUCCAUAGGACGCACCACCUGGCAAACAAGGUUAAAUACAACGUCGUGCCCACCGUCCCAUCUUGGCCAUCUCCUCUUUCUCCAGUCUGUAGAGCUUGCCUCCCCCACAGCUUCCUCAACCAGCCCAACUCAGGCACUUGGCUACUCGGCUCGUCAUCGACAUCGAUAUCAUACCUUGGGUUCGACUUUCACUACUAGACUGCCGACUGUCUGAUCCUCGCAAUCAGCACACCAACACCGCCAACUGUUCAACAAAACACCAAUAUCAGUCAAGAUGUGCGACUACACUCAACGGGAAUACUCGUGCGGCCACUUCCGCUGGAUCGCGUCCAAGUGGUGCAGAGACUACACCAUCACCCACAAGCGCUGCCAACCCAACGUCACCCACUUUGAGUACAGGCAGGAGGAGCUAUGCGGCGAAUGCAAGCCCAAGACAUACCCUCCCUGGGAGAGCAUGAUCAAGCGCACCAGCAAGCAGCAAACUUACCUUUGAGCGCAUCAUGCUUCUGGCGAUAACAGACAAAAACACCACUUCCCCACCGAAGCCCGCAAUCGCAUCGACGAUGAGUGGCAUUCAAGGCAGUACGGCAAUGUGAGGUUACUACAUAGGUAUACCCGGGGAAUCUGGGGAUACCGCAAUCGGGCGAUGACAAGCCAAGCGCCAACCACCUCGAUUUGAACAUCUUCGACAAACGAGAGAACGAGACUGGAGCGGAAACAUCGACAACGGCGGCGACAGAAAUGCGAAAAUGGGUCAACCACUGCCGAAAGCACAUGGCCCCGGGCCCGUACAUCAAAAUCACCGAAAGCGGCAGUUCGGCCGUUUCCAUGCGACAACAACAACGGCCAUACGCAACGCGAGCCCCAUGCAGAAUCAAGACAACGAUAGGUACUUG